GUGUUGAUGUACUUUAGAGCCAUCCACGAUGACUACAGCUGCUAGGCCUACGUUUGAACCAGCCCGAGGAGGCAGGGGUAAAGGAGAGGGGGAUUUAAGUGCUCUGUCUAAACAAUACUCCAGCAGAGACCUACCAGGACAUACCAAGAUCAAAUACAGACAACCCACUCAGGAUGCCCCAGAGGAGGUCCGCGCCCGUGACUUCCGCAGGGAGCUGGAAGAGAGGGAGCGUGUGGCUGCACGUGAGAAAACCAGGGAGAGAGGACCAAGAGAGCACACAACUUCAUCAUCUUCAUCAUCAUCAUCCAAGCGGCUGAGGUUGGAUCAAAUUCCGGCAGCUAAUCUUGAUGCAGAUGACCCUCUCACUGACGAUGAGGACGAUGAGGACUCUGAUGAGGAGAGUGAUGAUGAUGACACUGCUGCACUUUUGGCUGAGCUGGAGAAGAUUAAGAAAGAGCGCGCUGAGGAGCAAGAACGCAAGGAACGUGAGCAAAAGGCUGAAGAGGAAAGGAUCCGAAUGGAAAACAUCUUGAGUGGAAAUCCAUUGAUUAAUUUAGCAGGACAGCAACAGCAACAGACCAGCCAGACCCAGAGCUCAUUCAAAGUCAAACGGAGGUGGGAUGACGAUGUUGUUUUCAAGAAUUGCGCCAAAGGAGUAGACGAGGCUCGGAAAGAAAAACGUUUUGUCAAUGACACUCUUCGUUCUGAGUUUCACAAAAAAUUUAUGGAGAAAUAUGUUAAAUAACCUCUGUUUGUUUAUUCUACUUAUAAGGCUUGCAUAAUACUGGUUUGUUGUAAAUACGUGUUAAAUACGAUUGUCCCUUUUCCAUUUGUAAAACAUCGAAUAAACAUUAAUUCAUGUUUAAA